CUUAAUACACUCAAGUCUACAAUAACUAUUUCUUGAUAAUAAUUUUGGUCAUCAAAAUACAUGGCCUGGGAAUUGUCAUCCCUGAUCUCAUUUUUUUUUUUAAAUCUUCCCUAUAUAAAUCCCAUGGCUACACAAAUCCAACUUCAACUAAUUCCUCCCAAAAUCCAUACGCAUACAUAACUUCUUCUUCCAAUGGAUUCUAACUCAAAUGAUUCCAAAACUCCUCUCCUCCCUCUCCAAAGCCAUCCAAAUGUCUCCACCAUCUCCUUCGUCAACACCAAGAAUCUUGCUAUAAUCUCUGGCCCUCUCUCUUGCUUCUCCAUAUAUUUCUUCGUCGAGAUUGAUGGCCAGCCGUUAAGCAGAAAUUUGCUGGCGGUACUGAGUUGGGUGUUUUUGUGGUGGCUAACCGAGGCUGUUCCUAUGGCGGUUACUUCUAUGUCUCCUCUCUUCCUCUUUCCUAUGUUUGGAAUCGCGACGGCUGAUGAUGUGGCUAAGUCUUACAUGGAUGAUAUAAUUGCCCUUGUUCUUGGUAGCUUCAUUCUUGCUUUGGCUGUUGAGCACUACAACAUUCAUCGCCGGCUUGCUCUCAAUAUAACAUCCUUAUUCUGCGGUGAUCCGCUAAACCCCCACCUCCUCCUCCUCGGGAUCUGUGCCACCACAGCAUUCAUAAGCAUGUGGAUGCACAACACAGCGGCCUCCGUCAUGAUGAUUCCAGUCGCCACCGGAAUCCUACAGAGAUUCGCUGACAACGCAGUGGUGGACCCUGCCGUCAUCCUAUUCUCUAAAGGAGUUAUAUUGGGAGUUAUUUACUCUGCAGCAAUUGGAGGGAUGAGCACUUUGACUGGGACCGGAGUUAAUCUCAUAUUGGUUGGAAUUUGGGAGAGCUAUUUUCCUCAAGAGAAGGCGAUUAGUUUCAGCUCUUGGUUUAUGUUUGGAUUCCCUUUGGCUGUUUUGAUUUUCUUUUCUUUGUGGGGGAUACUUUGUUUUCAGUAUUGUUCGAAGGGGACAGAGAAGGCGCUCUCUGCUUAUUUGGAUAGAGCCCAUUUGAAGAGGGAGCUUGAGACGUUAGGACCAAUGGCUUUUGCUGACAAAAUGGUUUUAAGCGUGUUUGGGAUGCUUGUGGUUCUGUGGAUGACAAGAAGCAUAACAAAUGAGGUCCCUGGAUGGGGACGGCUGUUCGAUGGUCGCGUAGGAGAUGGAUCUGUCAGUAUACUAAUGGCCACUCUACUAUUCAUAAUCCCAAACAAGAAAAACCCAGGAGAGAAACUAAUGGAUUGGAACAAAUGCAAAAAGCUCCACUGGAACAUCAUCCUCCUCCUCGGGGCUGGCUACGCCAUUGCCGACGGGGUCCACACCACCGGCCUCGCUGACAUCCUCUCCCAAUCCCUCUCCUUCCUCCGCUCUGCUCCCUACCUUGCCAUUGCUCCCCUCGUUUGCUUAGUAAGCAGCACCAUCACCGAGUUCACCUCCAACAACACCACUACAACUCUUGUUGUUCCUCUCCUUAUUGAAAUGGCUAAGACCAUGAAGGUUCAUCCUUUGUUGCUUAUGAUUCCUGGUGCUAUUGGAGCUCAGUUUGCGUUCUUUUUGCCGACUGGAACGCCAUCGAAUGUUGUUGGGUUUACGACGGGGCAUAUUGAGAUUAAGGAUAUGAUUAGGACCGGAGUGCCACUUAAGGUUGCUGGUGUUCUUGUAAUUUCUGUUUUGAUGCCUACUCUGGGUGCAUUUGUGUUCAACACGAACAAGCUUGUAGAUUAUUAGUUAUAAACAAAUGUAAAUCCUCAUAGUUGAGUGUGUACAUAUUUCUUAUGUUCAUAGGUGGUAAUAGAUCCAAACUGUUGUGUAAUUUCCAAAAUUAUGGGGUUAAUAAUGAA